AUGCCGUAUAACAUCGCUAUGGUCAGUGACUUCUUUUUCCCCCAGUCAGGGGGAAUCGAGAGUCACAUCUAUCAAUUGUCCUCUAAACUGAUUGAUCGCGGACACAAAGUCAUCAUCAUCACCCAUGCAUAUAAAGGUCGGACGGGAGUCCGGUAUCUUACCAAUGGACUCAAGAUCUUCCAUGUUCCUUUCUUCGUGAUCUAUCGCGAGACCACCUUCCCAACCGUUUUCUCCUUCUUCCCCAUCUUCCGAAAUAUAGUGAUUCGAGAACAAAUCGAGAUCGUCCAUGGUCAUGCAAGUCUCAGCAGCUUUUGUGGUGAAGCUAUCCUCCAUGCGCGUACAAUGGGUCUGCGAACCGUCUUCACCGAUCACUCUCUUUUUGGAUUCGCAGAUGCUGCCUCAAUACUUACCAACAAACUUCUCAAAUUCACAUUGAGUGACGUUGAUCAUGCUAUCUGUGUCAGCCAUACCUGCAAGGAAAAUACAGUUCUCCGAGCCUCGUUAGAUCCUUUGAUGGUAUCAGUGAUCCCCAAUGCUGUCGUUGCGGAGAAUUUCUGCCCUCUCUCAUAUGCUCCUCGAGCCCCGGAUCACAUCCCAGCUUCCCCAGCCGAUCCACGACCAUCGCCUACGCCAAUUGGACCUAAUGAUACGAUCACCAUUGUGGUCAUCUCCCGUCUCUUUUACAACAAAGGUACCGAUUUAUUGAUCGCCGCAAUUCCGCGAAUCAUUGCCCUCAAUCCUAAUAUCCGUUUCAUCAUUGCUGGCUCCGGGCCGAAGGCGAUCGACCUUGAACAGAUGCUGGAACGAAAUGUCCUACAAGACAAAGUUGAGAUGCUUGGUUCGGUCCGCCACGAAGAAGUUCGGGAUGUGAUGGUCCGAGGCCACAUAUACCUACACCCUAGCUUAACAGAAGCAUUCGGCACAGUCAUUGUCGAAGCUGCCAGCUGUGGGUUAUACGUGGUUUGCACUCGAGUUGGAGGUAUUCCCGAGGUACUUCCACAGCAUAUGACCACCUUCGCGAAACCAGAAGAAGACGAUUUGGUGGUUGCUACUAGUAAGGCAAUUGCAGCUCUCCGCUCAAACAAAGUACGGACGGAUCGAUUCCAUGACCAGGUUAAAAUGAUGUACUCAUGGCGGGACGUGGCGGAGCGUACUGAACGGGUCUAUGAAGGAAUCACGGGCGAUAUCCCUCCGGAAGAGUUCUAUGGCUACUACCCAGGCCAGGGCUGGGAGGCUAGUGGGGACAGAGUACGCAGUUUUGCGCUCAUUGACCGACUGAAACGAUACUAUGGUUGUGGUGUCUGGGCUGGCAAACUGUUCUGUCUGUGUGUCGUGAUUGACUUCCUGAUAUAUGUCUUUCUCGAGAUGUGGUUUCCCCGGGCGAAUAUCGACAUUGCUAGAAGCUGGCCAAAGAAGCAAGUAGAGGGGAAACCUCGCCCAUCAGUCAGUUCCCGAAGCCAACGUUAA